AUGCAAGGAGAAGAGGAGGCGGAGAGCGAGUUUAUCAUGGAAUUCGGGCAGCCCCUGACCGAUGGUAGCACAGCAGUACAGAGCGGUCUACACUGGCGGACUCUGCUUUCGAGAUACAAAUUCGCUCUUCGUCAGGCCAACAGCACGGACCAAUUUUUACGGGAUGUCCUCGGUGACAACCGACAGAACUUUGAACGACUGAGCCUGCCUGAGGCAGAAUUUGAUAACUUAAUUGAAAAUUUGAUGGAGAAGAUGAAUUCACAGGGACACACCUGCAAUCCAGCUCUGUCGCAAUUGUAUACGGACGUCGGUCGUCUCAGGCGCGAACGCCACAAUUUCGAGUUAGACUUUCAAAAGAAUUUUAAUGAAAGAAUGACCGAAUUUCUAAAGUCGGAUGCAAAUAUACGCAACUUUGUCAACGAAGAACUUGAAAAGCUUUCUAUCUUCGUUCGAAAAUGCACGGACUGUCAAAAGGCUUUGUUGGCCAAGCUUGGACCAAUGUCGGCUUGUGUGCGUGAGAUCAACGAUGUAGAGGAAACGCAACUUUCCGACUUGCUGUUUGCCGCCGAAACGUAUAAACAGUUGCAGUAUGACUUGAAGCAGGGGAACAUGUUUUACGAAAUGGUGUUGAGGAUUCUUAGGCACUUUUCCCUAACGCUCACACAAGUCGAAGAAAACAGGGCAGAGAAUAUUGACAACGCUGCUUUCGCAGCUUUCGUAAACUUGCUCGACGAGCUACUCGACGACAGUCCGGAUGAUCCACCAGCAGGUACAGAUGCCCUUUCAUUUCAUUUAAAUCGGAAAAGUAACCAAUCGUGA